CCAGGGGGCAGUAGGAAGCGGAAAUGCUCGGCUGACCCGCAGGGUGGCGCUUCGUUCACACUGGCUGUGGUCUUCCGCCCCUGAGGUUUCAGGCUCUUGGCAGUGAAACUAGAAAUCUGGAACUGGGAAUUUGAAAUUUUGUUCACUGAUGGAUUUGCAGCACGGAGAACCGGCUCAUGGAAGGCACUCAUUUCUUCAGUGAAUGAAAGUGGCACAGCAGGGUCAGAGUGCAGACCUGAGACCACUGCUACACCGACUUCAGACUCCAGUUUAUCUGUGCCCCGGCUUCCUCACUUAGUCUCAGAAGACUUAGGCUGAGGCCCCAGGAGGAGAUCUCCAUCCUUUGCCGGAGCACAACAAGAUGGCCAUGUCCCAGGAAUCAUUGACCUUCAAGGACGUGUUUGUGGACUUCACCCUGGAGGAGUGGCAGCAACUGGACUCUGCCCAGAAGAACCUCUACAGGGAUGUCAUGCUUGAGAACUACAGCCACCUGGUGUCCGUGGGGUAUCUAGUUGCGAAGCCAGAUGUGAUCUUCAGGUUGGGACCAGGAGAAGAGUCCUGGAUGGCAGAUGGAGGGACCCCGGUACGGACCUGUGCAGGUGAGGACAGGCCAGAAGUCUGGCAAAUUGACGAGCAGACAGAUCACUACAAGGAAAGCCAAGACAAACUUCUGUGGCAAGCUGCAUUCACAGUCAAGGAAACACUGAAGGAUGAAAGUGGUCAAGAAUGUAAAAUAUGUAGAAAAAUCGUUUAUCUCAACACAGACUUUGUUUCUGUGAAACAAAGACUCCCUAAGUAUUACUCAUGGGAAAGGUGUUCAAAACAUAAUUUAAACUUUCUUAGUCAAAAUAGAAGCUAUAUAAGAAAGAAAGAUGAUGGAUGUAAGGCAUAUUGGAAAGUAUGCCUCCAUUCUAAUCUUCAUAAAGCUCAACCUGCAGAUAAAUUUUUUGACCCUAAUCAACGAGGGAAAGCCCUCCACCAAAAGCGAGCCCUUAAUAAAAAUCAGAGAAGUCAAACUGGGGAGAAACUCUACAAAUGUACUGAAUGUGGAAAAGUGUUUAUCCAGAAAGCAAACUUAGUUGUACAUCAAAGAACUCACACCGGAGAGAAACCUUAUGAAUGCUGUGAAUGUGCAAAAGCCUUCAGCCAGAAGUCAACCCUCGUAGCACACCAGAGAAUUCACUCAGGGGAGAAGCCCUAUGAAUGCAGUGAAUGUGGAAAAACGUUUAUCCAAAAGUCAACUCUGAUUAAACAUCAACGAACUCAUACAGGAGAGAAACCAUUUGUAUGUGGCAAAUGUCCAAAAGCCUUUAAGAGUUCAUAUCAUCUUAUUAGACAUGAAAAAACACACAUUAGACAAGCAUUUUAUAAAGGUAUUAGAUGUACUAAGUCCAACCUUAUAUAUCAAAGGAUUCAUACAAGUAAGAAACCUGAGCACAGUGAACAUGGGAAAGCCUCUGAUAAGAAGCCCAGUCCCACUAAACAUUGGAGAACUCAUACAAAAGAGAACAUUUAUGAGUGCAGUAAAUGUGGGAAAAGCUUCAGAGGAAAGUCACACCUCUCUGUUCAUCAGAGAAUUCAUACAGGAGAGAAACCCUAUGAAUGUAAUAUAUGUGGGAAGACUUUCAGUGGAAAGUCACACCUCUCUGUCCAUCAUAGAACUCAUACAGGAGAGAAACCUUAUGAAUGCAGAAGAUGUGGGAAAGCCUUUGGGGAGAAGUCAACCCUUAUUGUACAUCAGAGAAUGCAUACAGGAGAGAAACCCUAUAAAUGCAACGAAUGUGGGAAAGCCUUUAGUGAGAAGUCACCACUGAUUAAACAUCAGAGAAUUCAUACAGGAGAGAGACCCUAUGAAUGCACUGACUGUAAAAAAGCCUUCAGUAGGAAGUCAACUCUCAUUAAACAUCAGAGAAUUCAUACAGGAGAAAAACCUUACAAAUGUAGUGAAUGUGGGAAGGCCUUCAGUGUGAAAUCAACUCUCAUCGUGCAUCACAGAACUCAUACGGGAGAGAAACCUUAUGAAUGCAGAGACUGUGGGAAAGCAUUCAGUGGGAAGUCAACUCUCAUUAAACAUCAGAGAAGUCACACAGGAGAUAAAAACCUAUGAUUAUACUUGAAAGUGGGAUAAUUAUACUAGUAGUUAUUUGUCAUUUGACUAUUACUAGUCUCAUUAUUUGUCAAAUAAUCAUGGGGAGUAAUCUUAUAAAUGUCUAGAAUAUUGGAAAUUCUUCAUAUGUUAAUGUUCAUUUAACUUAAUAAAAGGUACAAAAGUAUAAUUCCAGAGGUGUCAA